AAAUUUUACUACAAAGAAUGAUUAUCAUAAUUCUGGCUCGCCUACCCAAGUGAAUACAGUAUUUAAUACUAUAUAUGAGCCUGGUUAUAGCUGGCACACCCCCAAUUGGUGUGUAGUUCGUAUCAAGAAACUUUAUCGUCCAUUUAUUCAGUGCUUGGGAAAGUGGAGUGAAGGUGAAGGUGUGGUAAGUUCUAAUUGACAUAAACUACCAAGGCACUCGCUUAUCACUGGCAACUCAGCUUCGCUAGAAAUAAUUAUGGUUGUAACAAACUACAACUUACUGAUGUGUACAACGGUGUAGCAGAUCUGCUGGAUAUAAUAACACCAACGGUCAGCAGGUGAAGCAAGAAUACCUCUACCUGUAUACAGAAAGACACCAAGAUGAAAAAGGUUUUGAAAAACUCCCAGACACAGGAUAAGUCUGAAGAGUCAGGCAACUCGAGCAAGAAACCAAAGAACGACGGCAGUGGGACAGCAGGAGAUGCAGGUACUUCAAGCACUUCUGACCUGCACAACGAUCCCAUUGCACAAAGAAACAAAAUGAUUCAAAUGCUUCGGUUGAAACGAGGGUAUCCACCAUCUUUCGGCUUCAGUGAUAGGGAGUUCUUGAUGUCCAUGGACCCAGAAGAUCUGCGUUAUAUGAUGAGAUCGUUGGAUCGACGGCGGGACCCAUUUGGGUAUUCUUCUUGGGGAUCAGCGGGACCCUACAGAUCCAGCUCACCUGAAGAGGACCCCGUAGAUGAACAGUCAAGAAAACAGAUGGAGUGGUCCCCACCUGAGAUGGUGGAGCCUGAGAAGAUAGAUGAAGAGGAACAGGGUGUGAAGGACCAUGGAGAACUGAAUACGGAAACUGUGCUCUACGUCAUCAAGGAGAAGAAUGACGAUGGUGAAGAGAAGACCCACACUGUGCUCCAGAUGCCAUCUAGUGUGCCAGACUUAUUGUCAGGUACAAGUCAGAAUGUUUCUCAGGAAUCCAGCACCUACAACAUCCUUAUGGCAGAUGUGUCAGGCUCCAUGAACUCAUACUGGAGACCUUUAGUAACAGGCUGGAACGAUUAUGUGGCUCCGCAUUUAGUCGGGAGAACUAAUUUGUUUGUGUUUGGCAGUACAGUUAAGCUGAAGAGAUCUGAAACAAAGCUACAGUUUGGUGAUUUAGAUCGCAGUAGUACAGACUUGACUGGUGCCCUACAGACCAUUGUAGAUGAAGUUUACAAAUGCAAGGAGAGGUAUAUCAAGGUGUUUCUUGUCACUGACGGCCAUCAUAAUGCAACUAAAGUUCAGCCAAACAUAGUUAUUGACCAAAUGAAUGCUGCCAGGGGCAAGACAUGUGAUGUUUUCGUGUUAGGCGCGGGUAGUGACUUUCCUGUGCAGUAUAGUAUCAACAUACGGUCACGUUUGCAUAAUGGCAGUGCUAAUGUGCCUUCACUUUUCUGGGCAAAAAUUCCAGAUUUCGUUAUAGAACAGAUGAUGGAGAUCGGUAGUAAAAUUUCUGACGGAACUUCACAGACCCUGCGACUGUCAGUGGAAGGUUUCUCAUUGCCUGGAGGGAUAGCCAAACACACUUUCCACCUGAACGAGUGGGUAUAUUUUCCAUCUGGACCAGAACAAGUACAACAACUCACACUUAGACAUGGUAAAAAUGUUUGUCACAUCUCACUGAAGCCUCGUCAGAUGCAAUUGUCUCUUUUGAAUGAAGUAUUUCGACAGUGGAACUCUGUUAUCAUUCAGAUUCAUAAUAAGAAAGAGCAAGUUCCCCCAGAUGCACUGGCCUUCAUGGAGCGAAUCUUUAACACAAAAAUGGACGAGCUCAAAGAUAUAAAGUUAGGAUCAAUCCGUGAGCGGCUUGAACGAAAAGAAAUCAGUACAUAUGAAACAGACUUCAGAACAUUGUUUAACAAAAUAAGAACAAUACUAACAACUGAAAAAUUCCACAAUGAACUAGAACUGGCUGAAAAUAUUCUGAGUACAACAGUCGGAGGAGGUAAAUAUGGAACAAAAGUUCUACAGAUGAAAGGCCAUACAGAUGAAGAUUAUGCAAAGGACUGUAAAGAGUUUUUGAAAAUUUAUGAAGAACACAAAGCGAGGAUACUGAGCAUUGAAAAUGGCCCAGAAGAUUGUUGUCGAGUCACUACGACGUCCACUGUGUCUGACCUCCAGGAUCCAGAUUUUCCAAUGAUGAUGGAUAUUAAAAAUAAAUUUGAGUUCCUAAAGCAAUUCACUAUUACUGGCAUUCCAGUGUCUGCUCCAAGCAGGGACUCUGUAACCAUCAAUCCCUGGUCGUUUGGUGUUAGGGCCCUAUUAAAUGAGCCAUACACCAUCAUGAGUCAGGUUGCUUUAGAAUCCAUAGCUGACCAGAACUCGGCAUUGGGAAAGAGCAAGGAUGUGCAGUUGAAGUCUGAUGAUAGCAGGACGCGCUUUAAUGCCAUAAUCCCAGUCUUCCCACCUGCUGCCUCCAAAAUUAUGGCACCGUUAAUGCGUACAAGACUUUAUGCAAUGUGUUCAACUUUUGCCAUCUUGAAAAAUCCACAUAUAAUUGAUUUCAAUAUCCACAUGGCAGCCUUGGGGGUGACAUGGGUGAGGAUUCUGUUCGAGCACCCGACCCAGCCUAGGCCCGAAUUUGUGCGUCUUCGUGUUGAGCAUAUAGAAGCGACAGCAGCAGCUUACCUCAACCGACCAAGCUACACAAAAUACUGGCAAGUGCUUAUCAGUGACACUGCUCAAGCACUCAUGACAGAGAGCACUAUAACAGUAGAAAACAAAACAAUAAAAUGCGAGUCUCUCAUUAAGCCAAUGUUUAUACUUCACUUGCACCAACGGAGCGAGAACCCUCAAGAUGCGAGUGUUGUUGUCAACAUUAUGAGGAUGAUACUCUUAGAAUACAUCGGUCGCUGCCUCUCUCACUACAAGACAAAUGAGAAUAAUUCAACACCCUUCACAGAUUUCUUUGCUAAAACACUUGCUGACCAAGAACUUAAAAAAAAAUGGGUUCAGAAAUAUAUUGCUACCUCCAAAGAAAGCAUGGCAGGAUCUGAAGGCCUUCUCUUAGAGGAUUAUUACACACUGGAAAAAGUGCAGAAGGCAGCCAGGAAAACUGCAGUGGAACAAAUCAAAAUUCUGAAAGAAAAGUUAACAGCACAGAUCCCAAUAGCAGUGGACAUGAAGAAGGUAGAACAGCUGCGCAAUGUGUCUCUGACUGGAGAUAUGUCAUGGUUCACAUUGCGAACCUUUGCCAGGGAAGUUGGACUAAUGGAAGAAGUCAUUGACAACUUGUUUAGUGAACAAAGUUUGUUUGUUUACACCGCUCAUGCCCUACAGUACAGAGCCUCUCGGGAAAGGCUUACUACUCCAGUGGCUGACUAUGAGGCCAUUCGAACUUUAGUGACCAAACAUGUACAGCAGGAGAAUUCACACAUUAUAGCCAAGGAUCUUUCAGAUGAAAUAGUUCAACAACUGCAGGGUGCUUGGUUACAAGCAUAUUUGGAUGCACACACAGAAGUGGUUCAACCCAUGACGAGGCAACAAAUCCUAGCAGAGGCUUUAGGACGAGGAGUGGAAGUGACGGAUGCCACCUUCGAACAGGUAUAUAAGAAAUACCGUCCUGAUGUAGGUCUAUUGGGUAAUGCCUGUCAAUGUCGAGCUUGUCCGUAUUUUUUGAUACCGAAUAAGAGUUAUAAUCAACACUCGUCAGUAGAGCGUCGUGCUCGUGCAGCUUUCCCUCACGGCCUGCACCUGGCAGCCUACCGCCUCAGGGACAGCGAUGUGCCCACAGUUAUCGCCCACCUUGAGUCUGGCAAAUUCAAAACAACUGUCCCUCGACAAGCUGUUGAACCCUUCGUAGAGGACCUGGAGAAUUUACAAAAAAUAUACCGAGAGGUGGCACUGACUGGCUUUUAACCCUUCUCAUAAGUUAUCAAGUGCAGAGAAGUCUUUUGAAUAUGUAUACUACUGUACAUAGGUUAUCUUCUAUAGUUUUCCUCAUAAAUAACUAGAUCAUGUUUAAGUUAUUUUUUGCUAGUCUUAUAAUUACUCUUCAAGACUGUAAGUAUACUUCUUAUUGAAACAAUAUUUACCACCAAAAAUAAAACUGAAUAAAUAUUGUACAGUACAUAAAUUUAAAAA